AUGGAUCAGCAAAAAUCUGUCCAUGAGGUUGUUAAUCACGAGAAACAGAUGUUAACUUUGAUGUAUUCAAAGGGUAUGUGGAAUUGGGACAGUGAUGUUCUUAAGCUUUACCGAAAGAUCCGCACACUAUACGAAAAUGCUCUGCUGGACAUGAAUCAGCUAGUCGAGCAUCAAGUAACCGAGUACCACUUAUGGAGGCUUCAUUAUCAGCUCAUAGACGAAUUCCGUAAAAAAAUCAGAAAACAGUCCCAUAAUGCAGAAACUGUGAAAAAGGACAAUUCACCAGAAUGUGUCGGUUCAGAGAGAAAUAUCGAUAAGGAGGGGUUGAAAGGAUUUGUGGCAUUUGUAUCUGAGGCAAAUGAAUUUUACCAAAAGCUGAUUAUAAAAUUUCGGAAUAGUUGUGGGCUCGUGGGAGAGGUUUUCCUAAACAAUGAGCACCGUGCUGCAGUUUCUGCUGAGCCACAAAAGGCAGCAUAUGCUUGUGAAUACACGUGCCACCGCCUAUUGAUUUGUCUCGGGGACCUUGCUAGAUAUGGUGAGAUAGUCAAGAGAUCGGAGGCCUGUGAGUGGUCAAUUGCGGCUAAGUAUUAUUUCGAGUCGAUCAGAACUUUUCCAGAUAGUGGAAAUCCUCAUAAUCAGUUGGCUUUACUGGCAACAUAUGUUGGUGAUUCUUUUCUUGCAUUAUACCAUUGUGUAAGAAGCUUGGCACUCAAGGAGCCUUUUCCGGAUGCCUGGAGAAAUAUUAUGCUACUUUUCGAAGAGAACAGGUCAACUGAGUUGCCGUCAAUUUCCAGCCAGAUGCAGCUCGACUUUUUAAACCCUUCCAAGAAAAUUUAUUCGUCAAAGACGUCCCGUGAAGAGAAUAACUGUGCACGUGACAGUAAAUCAGAAAACACGGAGAAAAAUUUUUCCGAAAAUCUCGAAUUAUGGCCCCUUCUUGUCAGAACUAUAAGCUUCCUUCUAGUCAGAUCUAGUUUGGAUGACUUUCCGCGCACUCUUGCUUCUGCCUUAAACAGCUUAGAAGCUUUAUUGGUAGCGAAUAAAUCGAAACUGGCCAUAUCUUUGGAGUCUUACCAAAGCCUAGACUCUUCCAGGAAAGGCCCUUAUCGCGCUAUUCAACUAGUCACCGUAUUCAUCUUCGUUGCCCAUAGCCUGACCGAAAGCCUCGAAAGAGACGAGUCAAAGUCAACUGAAAAACGUGAAGAAAAACACUCCGAACUUAAAUCACUAGCGUUUGCUGCUAUGUUCAUUUGCAUGGGCCGGUUUACUGAGAGAUGCAUGCAAAAGGGCAGUAGUGCGGAUAGUUGCCCACUUCUACCGGCUAUGCUUGUAUUCACAGAGUGGUUUGUGGGUUCACUUGGCACCGUCAAAACUUACAAUGCCGACAAAAGGGUUGCAAAUGCUUUGUCUUACUUCCUCAACACUUUGGCUGACCUCUUGGACCGAGUCGAGCUAAAUGGAGACGAACCCUUUUCGGAUAACACUGCCCUAUGGGAGGAUCACGAGCUGCGGGGCUUUUACCCGUUAUCACACGUUCAUCAGACACUGAAUUUCAAAACUAAUCAUGAUUGUGUGGAAAUAUCCAAAUUUAAAAAUGAAUGCAGGUUGCAGCGCCUGUUUACUGCUGCAAAAAGAAUAAGCGAUGUCCACCGAAAUUCCGAGCUAUCCAAUUCUUUGAAUUCAGCGAGAAAAUCUUCGGACCAAUCCUCUCACGAAUCUAAUAUGGGCCUAAUAAAAGCCCAUACCGUGACUGAAGACGAGGAAGUCAUCCUCUUCAAGCCCAUUACUAGACGCAACUCGGCACCUGUCUGCAUCCCCGAGCCCGAAACCAUCAGCCAGACAAGGACCCAACCUGCACCUGUCGACGAGUGGUUGAGACGCGCCACAUCACUAUCCGCCAGUCAGAACGCCGAAAAUGCGGGUUCGUUUAGCUUCCACUCUACACCCAAUCCCGGACAUAACGAGCAUCAUGUGGGACCCCCGUCCUUGAGCUCGUGGAACAUCGAGCGGGAGAGUGGGCCCCACGGUUUGAAACUUCUGAGCCCGAUAGAAGAAGUUGUAUCGACAUCCUUGGACGAACUCUCCAUCCACGAAAGCAAGGGCCCAAAAAUGACAACCGGGGCAAAUUCGACCAUAAUUCACGAGCUGCCUCCUCGAGCCACGACGGUGCCCUCGGCCCCUCUGCUACCGGACGAUGCCACCUGGCUGAGGGCAAAUCCGUCACUUAUGCCAGAUUACCGAGGCAUCAAGGUGGACGGUAUUCUUGGUGCGGGACCUACUGCACAGCCUCCAUACGUCGGCAUGAGUUCUUCCGAGUGGCUGUACUAUUAUAGGAAUUGUCAGAACACGGGCAGGGGUGGCCAUCAUUUGUCUCCGACAUCUUCAAAUUCAGAAAAAGGAAGAAAGUGGUUUGGAGUGUCUGAUUCAGAAUCAGAGCAAGACUCAACGAUCAUUGAGUUGGCUUUAGGUGAACUUGGCUCCAAAGAGCCAGGCACAUUGCCUCGUCCCGCUUCAGAGAAAGUAGAGGGGGUAAGAAUUUGGACCGAGGAAGUAACCAGUCCUAGUAAGGAGGGUUUGGGUGGAGCCUGGCCAAGUGGGGGUGCCGAUUCCUUGGGAAUCGGGUCAGGGGCAAGGGAGGAGGGUUGGGUGGGCUGGCAGAAGGUAGAGACGGAAGAGAAGAAGAAGAAGAAGGGCUAG